AUUCAGAACGGUGCAAAAAGGAACCGAACACUCCGACGGACUAACUUGGCUGGACACCACGUCCUGCGUCAUAAGCUACGUCACUUCCGUAGCUCCGUGCGGCUAAUACCGGCCAGCCACUGUGCGCGUGCCGCUCUCAUAGGCACUCAACAGGUCCCAGGUAUGAUGAGCACCAGGACGAAUGCAAUCAUCGCCGGGAUGUGUGGAGCCGUUUUUAUCGCGUACUGUUUUUAUUUUGACAGGAAGCGACGGAGUGAUCCUAGCUUUAGGGAAAAGCUACGAGAAUGUCGGAGAAAAAAGUAUUCUAGUGGGAAGUGUGGACUGGCACAGCUGCCUGAGUUGAUGGACACUAAAGCUGUCCAAAAAUACUUUCUGGAGGAAAUCCAGCUUGGAGAGGAACUGCUGUUACAUGGUGAGGUUGACAAAGGUGUGGAGCAUCUGACCAAUGCCAUAGCGGUAUGCAGUCAGCCUCAGCAGCUGCUGCAGGUGCUGAGGCAGACGCUGCCUCCUCCCGUCUUCCAAAUGCUGCUUAACAAACUGUCCACAUUCAGCCAGCGAAUGGUCAAAUCAAGAUCUUUAACAGAAGACGACGUGGAAUGAAUCGGUUUUGAGUUUAUGGCUGCUUUUAUUAUUCCUUAAAGGAAUGUCAGACUUUAGCACUUUAGUAUGAUUAUCUGCUCUUUUAUGCAUCGCAAGCUUCAUUGUGAUGGAGGACUCUGAGUUAUAUGUAACCUCAAAACCACCAGAUAUCAUAUUUUCUCGACACCUAUUUAUUAAAUGUACUGUUUUUCCUUAAAACAGCAAUAAUGUUUUUCAGUAGCGUUGCUGAGCCGUUUUAAACUAGACGCACUUCUGAUGUUUGUUGCAUAUUUUUUAACAGUUGUUACAUGUGAGAUAUAUUUCUUUAGUAUCCUGUCAGUUAUUUCUGUGUGAAAUCCUGUAAUAAAACCUGAGAAUCAC